UUUUGACCGCCAUCUUGGAUUCUUUUGGCAACUUGAUUGGAUUUCAAUCGUUCAGAAGUUAGUGGGAAAUAUGACAAUGACAGUGAACAACCGAGUAGUGGUAGGUUUCUGUUUUUCACUUUUGAAACUUUUUGCUUUUAAAAUUUGAAAUUAUUGGCUCUAGUUUAUUUCCCACAUGUAUUAAUGUUCCAUUUGAUUAUACAUAUCAUUUACACAACUAUGCAUUUUGUAAAUGAAUCACGUGGUCACCAUGGAAAUUCCUGGUAUCCUGCAAAUUUGUUGAAUAUCAUUCUGAACGAUCUGUUUUCUGUCUGAGAAAAUUUAACUAGUAAAAUUAACUUUUUCCCAUCUGAUUUGUAACGUUUCCGUGAAUUACUUUUAACUGAAAUGAUGUAAAACUUCUCGGGCAAGUGGCUGGCUAGCACAUGCUUGUGAUGUCUGACGAGCUGAGAAAGGCAGAGAAGCUUGUUCAAAUUGCCUGUACAAUGGGGUACACAUCUUUGAACUUGAGUCACCAAAAUUUGACUAUUUUGCCAUCUUCCAUCAGCAGGCUGAUAAAACUGAAGGUACUAAUGCUAAAUGAUAACAACAUAAUCAUGCCUCCGGGGGAACUGGUGUCGUUAACCAAUCUCGAACACCUUUUGCUUGACCAUAAUCAACUAACGAUGCUACCCACUGGAUUUGGUGAACUAAUGAAUCUCAUAGUACUUUCAUUAAGUCACAACAAUCUAGCAUUCCUUCCUUCAGAAAUUGGAAAACUGAAUCACCUCUCUGAGCUUUGGCUCGUUAACGUUCAAUUGAUUGCAUUACCGGAAGAAAUAUGCUUACUGAAAAAGUUAAUCAAACUUGGUGUUGGAGAGAACUUGUUGAGUGGUUUGCCCGAAAACUUUUCCUAUCUUCAAGCUUUGGAAUGGUUAAGCUUAAGGAAGAAUCAAAUCACAAGCCUGCCAAAUGAUCUGCACCAACUGAAGCAUUUGACUUUUGUUGAUGUUUCAGAAAACAGACUACAGCACAUUCCUAAUUCAUUGCAAAGAUCAAAAAGCCUUAGUUAUUUGAAGCUGUCACACAACAAUCUUUCCAUAAGACCAGGUGAUUUUUCCAAAGGAUUUCCCAGCCUGCACAAGCUGGACUUAAGACACACGAAUGUGGAAACUUUGCCCAAAGGAAGCCUGAAAUUUGAGGUGUUGUUGUCUAAUGCAGGCUUCGAUGACAUGAAAUGUAAACCAUGUUGAAUAAGGUGUAUUAAAGACUGAUCAUGAGUUUCCAAAAA